ACAGAGAGAAACGUUGUCAGUCUCUCCGCUGCACCGGCUACAACCACAGUCCCCUUCACUCAAACAGUGCUACUGCUUCUCUCCGACUGUGUCGCCGCCGAAUGGAGCGGGACGCCGCGGAGGUGGAGGUGCGGCGGCGGCUGCGCGACGUCGGCGCCCGCCUGAGCUCGCUUCCGGACGACGGCGAGCUGCUCAGGUUGCUCCAGGAAGCAGCCAAAUUGUUGUACAGAGUGAAUCAGUGUGAGGUAGACAGAAUUCACAGUGCUCUUAUCCCUGUUAUGAGAGCAUUGAUUAAGAAAGAGCUACUGGAUCACACUGACCCCGGAGUGAAGCUCGCCGUAGCGUCGUGUUUAACCACGCUGAUCAAGAUCCGCGCGCCGGAUCCCCCUUAUGAUGAUGAUGUGAUGAAGGAUGUUCUCAAGCUUGUUGUUGGGGUCUUCUGUGAACUGGAUGAUGUGGACUGCCCCUCCUAUGGAACAAGGGUUUCAAUGCUUGGAACUUUUGCAAGGAUACGGGGUUGUGCCUUGUUGUUAGAUCUUGACUGCAAUGAUCUGAUACGGGAUAUGUUUCACCAUUUCUUCCGCACCGUAUCCAAUACUCAUCAGGAGCAUGUUAUAUCCUAUAUGGAAACCAUAAUGAAGUUUGUGAUCGAAGAUAUUACUGAUAUGGAACAAGAUCUAAUUAAAGAUCUGGCAUCCUGCCUGCUUCAGAAUGUUAAAAAGGAAGAAAAAGAAACUCCUCCAGCAUCUUUUGUACUUGCAGAGAGGGUAAUAGGACUCUGCCAUGAAAAGUUAAAGCCAGUGUUCAUCAAACUACUUCAGGGUGCUCCCAUAACCGAGUAUAGCAAUCUUGUUACAUCAUUUCUCCAAGAUGCUAUAGUUGCUGGAGAUAACAAUGUUGGUGCUUUUAUGCAUGACAUGAAGGAAGUAGUGUCUCCUAAAUCUUCGACCAUGAUGGGUAAAACUAUAGGACAACCAGCAGAUAGUGGGGAUGAGUUGAAACCGGAAAUUGUACAGGGAACUAAAGAGGCUCCUAAUUCAAAUAAAAAAGCUCUUGACGGUAGCAUUGUCGGCUCGAGAAUCAAAGUACGGUGGCCUGCUGAUGAAAUGUUCUACAAUGGAUUGGUUAAGUCAUUUGAUGCUUCUUCAGAAACACACGAGAUUGUGUAUGAUCAUGGUGAUGUUGUACGGCAAUCUCUUAAGGAUGAAAAAUGGGAGUUCAUUGCUGAGGAGCAAGACUACAACCCCGAUGCAUCCCCCGACAUGCUAGAAGACCGAAGUGAUGAAGGAAGUCUUGGACAGCCAUUCCAGGAUGUUCACAAAGCUGCAAGCAGCCAUUCUUUCGUCAUCCAAGAGAAAUACAAUACCGUGCUAAAUGAAAUCGGAUGCAUUUCCACCGAAACCACCGGCUCACUUCUCGUGCGCGUAAGCGGCUGGGAAAAUUGCCACCUUGAGCCCGAAAAAGUUAGCACGGUGUACACAGGGCAGCUCCCGUCAGCCACAGCACAUAACCUCUUUGCAGAAAAGCCUCAGUCCUUCAGUUGCAAAUUGCAACACACAAGCCUAUAAAUCGUGGACUCGUUCCACCCGAUGAACAGCCUACAAGGUUGCAUCGCUCUGAAUCAGUAUAUAUCUUUUCUUUGUUCAUCUGGAGGUGUCCAUCAAAUUAAUGAAGAUGAUCCUCUACUUAACAUGGUCGUAAUCAGUAUUUUACGGACCAAGAAAGAGCUGAGUUCUGGAUGGCGAAAUCUGUGCAGUGUCUGUCUAUAUAGAUGCCAUCUUGGAGCUAUUCUGCCUGUUCAUAUUUCAGUUCCAUUUUGCCUAAAACCGCAAGAGCCGUUCUGGAUGGUGUGACCGACUAAUCCAAGUUAUGAAAUAUGUGCCCUGCAUAUAGAUUCCUGUAUAUAUCUCAGAUUCAGUUCCUUUUGCCUAGAACUCACCUAUGCACAAUCCUCUUAUGGACGUCUUGACUAAGCUGAAGGAAUUGUGUUCAAUUCUUGUCACCAUGUGGUACUGUAUGUAGUAUCUUGUUCUGUGGCAAAAUUGGUUUAGUGACGCUGAAUUUCAACUGUGCUCAAUUUUGAUGUUUGGACUA